AAAUCAGUCUUAUCUUAGCCGGUGCUAGCCCCGCCCACACACUCUCUUUUCUUAGAGGGUAUCUAAGUUGUCAAAAUCAGUUUUAUCUUACCAGGUACAUGCUAGCAAAUACUAAAGUAAGACUGCAUAAUAAUAAGAGUAGUCACUAGAAUGAAGAGGGGAUCAGUGGGUGGGAUACUGCUUGCUUCUAAGACUCUUAAAAAAAAGUUAAACUCAGCUCCGACCACCUUUUUUCUCUAUUUCACUGACUUAUUUUAUUUUCUGUAUAGUGGGAAUUGAAUUUUAUUUUGACAAGCCCGUAGAAGCUAAGAUUUAAAACAACGUGAGAUGGACAAAUUGUUAAUUAAAGUUGUCGUGAUCUUUUAAUUACACAUGGGGGUAACGAUGGUGUCCUUUUAAUUUACUACUCAUUUACCCUUUGGUUAAAUUUUACCAACAAAAUGAAACUUACAAGUUUCAAACACAUGUGAUCUCUACACAAAGACUUACGUCCCUUCACUACCACUGACGGAAUAAAUCUGAAUCUCGACUCGAAUAGUGAACCAAAAGCCCCCUACUACUCAUGAAAGCAGCAAACAUUACUGAAAUGUAUAUAUUCAUAAAUAUCACGAAGGCAUAGAUUUGUCAAAUUUAGACAUUUUCGAAAACCAUUCCUCCAAAUUUACAUCAAAAUGUCCCGUAUUGCCACCUUAAGCAAAAAGACCGACAAAACCCAAAACGUUCAAGUCACUCGAAAAUGUGGAGGACGUCCAGUGCCAGUUGGAGUCCCGGGAGGUGCAGCACCAUGCCCCAAUAAAGGCAAACCAUGUCCGCCUUGCACCCGUGGAAAACCGCCGGUACCAACAACAAGCAGAACCCAGAUUUCACGAAGAAAUGUGUCGACAGGAUUAGGGAAGUCUCUGGCACACGUGCGACCGAGCGAUGAGGGCUUAGAAGCCCCGUCGCUAUUGCAAAAAAGGGUGUUUAAACAAGCUCUCGCUAAAUCAGUGCGAAAACCAGGACAGAAAGUGCGCAGUGUAGGAGCCUCGCUAACCGAUGUUAAGGAUCCCAUGAUCAAGACGAACAGAGGGAAAGAGUGCGUGUUGCAACAAAUGAAAAUGGAGACGACGGUACAAAGAACUCCGAAGGCAGAGUACAUAACGAAGAGCAUGACAGGAAUUGACGUGGGACCUUCAGGGGUGGGAAAGCAGCUGCAGAUAACUACGCACCAAAUAGAUCCUGCACAUGGAACGGAAUCGGCGGGAGUCAAUGAGACCAUAUCAGCCACUAGUUCUCUCUCUAUUACGUCAGGGGGGAGGAAACUGCAAAAGGGAUUCAAGAGAAAGACACUCAUUUCCGAGAAACUUGCGUCGAAACCAAACAUGAACCCUCACCACAUCAACCGUUUAAUCAAAGAAGAAACCGAAGAUGUGGAGACUACUCUUAAGAUGGUACCACCAGAUUUAGCUACUACUUCUCUGGAGAAGUUCCCUUUGAAAAAGAAGCUUCAAAAUUUGAGGCUCAACGCGGAGCCUGUGAGUAUUUUGACAGAGUCGGUCAUUCACCCAGCACCCACGGCUGACGAAGUGGAUGCCGAAGCUCCUCCUGAAAUCCUUGCUUCGGUGAUGGAUGCUGUUGAAAAGGGUGCAACCCCGGCCACCGCUCCUAACCAAAUCUUCAAUAGUUUAUUUCCCGAGGUGGAAGAACCUCGAAUCAAUAUUAGUUCCGUAGCACCUGGACCUUUAGAGGACAUAGUCGUACCGACAGCUCAGCCUGUUAAACUCGUCGAAGAAGUACUUACUCAAGAAAUGGAAGAGUUUCUAGUUUUGGAAAUACAAAGUAAGAAGGAACUUCCAAGGGACGAUAUUUGUGCCGAUAAGAAUAUAAUUCCUGCGGCUUAUUCUCCGGAAGAAAUACCGCCAGUUCCUCUGGUCUUGGAAGGAGAACUGCCUCCAUGGGAAGAUGCCACGGUGGUAAAACUAUCUUCUCUAGUGGGCGCGGAUCCGAUGGAUAUGUUGGAGGCGAGCGAUAUAUCUAUUUUGGAGUCACCGGAAGACUUAAAUCAGGAGUUAUCUAAAGGCAUCGACUAUUUUAUUGAUGCCGAUGUGGCACCUUACGAAACCAAAAUUCAAAUUAGAGGGUCUAAACCACCCAAGUGGUUUCCGGGUAUGUGUGUGUUAUUUUGUGCGUUUAUGUUCAUGCGUUUUUCAGGAUAUAUGUCGGCUUUUCCGCAUUUACCUGAACUUGUAAAGAUUUCAACUAAGCCUAGCGAGGUACUACAUGCGGCAUGGAAAGCCGUACAACCGAAAGUUUUCCCCGAUGAAUCUAUCUUGAUAGUGUAAAGACGGAGCGAAAAAAAUAAAACAAAAUUUUAGUGAC